AUGGAGUCUAUAUAUCUCUCUGUCCGUGUCUCUAGGCGUCAUCUAUCAACCACCCCACACCUCACCACACCUCACCGUACAAUGUCAGACCCAAUCCUCCUCGAGGUCAAGAAAAAUGUCGCGCUCAUAACCCUCAACCAGCCCACGAAGCUCAACGCCCUCUCGGGCCCCCUCUACUACGAGCUCGCCCAGCUCAUGCGCAAAGUCGCUGACAUGCCCGACGUUACGGUGACGGUGCUGACGGGGACGGGGCGAUACUUUUCUGCCGGUGCCGAUGUCGCGGUGAAUGUGAUGGAUGGAACGCCGGAGGAGAGCGAGGACGAGCGGAAGUACUUUCUGCGACGCUUCGCGGCGAAUAACUUGGAGGUUGCAAAGGCCUUCUACGAGCACCCAAAGAUCCUCGUCGGCGCACUCAACGGCCCCGCCGUCGGUCUCUCUGCUGCCCUUCUGGGCGCUUGCGACUUCAUCUACGCCACAGAAAGCACCUUCAUCCUCACGCCCUUCACCUCCCUCGGCCUCGUCGCCGAAGGCAUCGCCUCAACCAUGUUCGUACGCCGCCUCGGCUUCGCCAAAGCCAGCGAGGCGCUCCUGCUGUCGAAGCGCAUCAGCGCGGCCGAGCUCGUGGCCUGCGGCUUCAUCAACAAGCUCUUCCCCGCCGAGGGCUUCCGCGAGCGCGUGCUCGAGUUUGUGGACGACGUGAUGGGCGCACACCUCAACCACGGCAGCAUGCUGGGCGUCAAGGCGCUCAUGCGGGAGCCGUGGAGGGACGAGAUUGAGAAGGCGGGCGUCAGGGAGGCGUUUGCGGGGCUGGAGAGGUUUGUGCAGGGCGCGCCGCAGAAGGAGUUUGCGAGGUUGGCGAGUGGGGAGAAGAGACAUAAGUUGUAG